AUGUAUGCAACACGUGACCCAGCCUCUUUCAUCUCUACAGUGCCGUUGGCACCGGAUGCAUUUGAUAGUCUGCUCGUCUUGUUUUCCGGUGAGUACGAACAACCCAGUAGACGUGGCAAAGGUGGUAGACCUCCGCGUGUUUUCCAUGCGCAUGCUGUUCUGGCGUUGGUGCUGCACUUCUACACAGCCGCUGUCGACCAGAAGACACUGCAAAAGCUGUUUGCGCUAACACCAAGCACGUGUGCCCGUACUCUGCGGAAAGUAGAAGAAGCAUUGGCCCGUGCCCUGGCAGCUUGCCCAGAUGCUGCGAUCAAGUGGCCGUCGAAGACCACGCAGGCAAGCUGGGCGGCUAUGAGCAACUCGAGGGAGCCGCUUGUCCACGGGGUGUUUUCAUUCGUCGAUGGAAAGAACUUACGCGUGCAGAACCAUCGUCAACCGAUCUGCAGAAUGCAAUGUACUGUACAACGCGUAUUCGUCACCGGUGUCCUCUGCUUCGGGCUCGACGGCACAUUGGUUUGGGGGAGACACAACUGCCCUGGCUCAUGGAACGAUGGUGAAAUAAGCCGGAGGUUGCAAGAGAUCCUCGCAGACCCUGCGAAGGCCGAUUUUGGCAUGAAGGUUGCCUCCGACUCUGCAUUUCCGGUCAGUGUCAGGUGUGCUGACCGCAUUGUGACCCCGCUGAAGAAAGGGGACCUUGAACGGCAUCCUCCAGCGUGCCGACUUGGCCUGAAAGUCAUGAGUGACUGCAUUACGUCGUUGCGCCAAGCUGCGGAAUGGGGCAUGGGUGCUGUCAGCAAAGAGUACCGUCAACUGCUCCUGCCCCUGCCCCUGCCAUAUAACCCAUCACUCCGUGCUAUGCAACUUGAGAGUAUGUUUAAGUUGUACAACUUCCGUGUCCGCCGUACAGGGAAACGCCAGAUAAAGAAUGUCUUUGGAUUAUAA